GAGACUCCCCCUGGCAGACGCUUGAGUGAGCAUCACCACAUCAUUCAUCAUGUUGAGCACGUGGUUGGUGGUCAGUCCUCGCUGCCGCCAGAACAUCUGUACCAUCAUGGACACAUGCACUCCGGUGCUGGUGGCGGUGAUGAUUCCGCAGUAUACCACCAUUAUGGACACGUGUACUCUGGUGCUGGUGGUGAUGAUUCCGCAGGAUACCACCAUUACGGACACAUGUACUCUGGUGCUGGUGGCGGUGAUGGUUCUGCCGUUUACCACCAUUAUGGACACGUGUACUCUGGUGCUGGUGGUGAUGAUUCCGCAGGAUACCACCAUUACGGACACAUGUACUCUGGUGCUGGUGGUGGUGAUGGUUCUGCCGUUUACCACCAUUAUGGCAACAUGUACUCUGGUGCUGGUGAUGAUGAUUCCGCCGGCUACCAACAUUACGGACACAUGUACUCCGGUGCUGGCGGCGGUGAUGGUUCUGCCGGCUACCACCAUUAUGGACAUGUGUACUCCGGCACUGGUGGUGGUGGUUCCGCAGACUACCAAAGCGGUGCUUACGCGGACGGUUCGGCGGAGUAUGGCGCUUAUGGUGAUGGUUCCGCGGGGGGUGCCUAUGGUGAUGGCUCUGCAGAGUAUCACUAUGGUGGUGCUUAUGGUGAUGGAUCCGCAAGCAAUGGUUCCGAUGGUCGAUAUUCCUACGGCAGCGGGCGCUAUGGCGGCAAGUACUACGCGGACAACGGCAUUGGCUACGGCAGUGGCGGACACGACUAUGUUCAUGUUCAUGGCAACGGUGUUAACGGCCAUGUCCACAUUAUGGGUCCUGCCAGCAAAGGUCACUACGUCAGUCAUUCCCACGGAUACGACGGACAUGAAGUGAAGCACAUCAUCGAGAAGAACUACUAUGAUGUGCAAACCAAGACCCACGUCAUUCGGAAGCCCAUCCCUGUCUCUGGACCGGUGCACUACCAGUCCGUCGUCAUUCCAGCUAAGCCACUUGAAGACUGCUUUCGCGGAUACUCGAACUACAAGAAGCUGCUUGCUUGGGUGUUGUGGGACACGCAGAAGCAGCGCUACUGCUGCUACAAGUACAAGCGAGCAUGUACGACCCAGUACGUCAAGAAAUAUCAUUACCAUACGGUGGUCCACAAAAAAGAGGUUCCUGUCGAGGUUGCCAAGACAGUCGCAGUGCCGGUGCCUGCGAAGCGCAGGGUCAUCACGAUCCACGACCAGGAGGAGCCGAAGCCACGGAAGGUCAUCCAUGUGAAGGUACCCGUGCCCGUGCCUGGCCCACCAGCCCGAACCGUGACCAAGGUGAUUCACUAUGAUGUUCCAAAGCCGGAGACGAAGAUCAUUCACAAAACGAAGGUUAUCAAAAAGCCCGUCCCGGUCGUGCACUACGUCGAUUACCCCGUGAAGAAGGAGAGCAAACCGAAGGUGGUGAUCCACACCGAGCACGUGAUGUCCGAGGCUUAUGACUGCCACGAUGGUAUGCACCACUGGAAAGGAAUGUGGUCCCACAGCAAGCGGUUGUACUGCUGUUGGAGGACCCAGAUUGGUUGCCCUCAUACUCACAUCAUUGUGAAGAACAAAACCGAAGUCCACACCAAGUACGUCAAGCGCAAGGUCAAGAUGCCCCCACAGGUUAUCUACAAGGAUGUCACGGAAGUGGUCCACAAGCACAUCCAUUCCCUUGAUUUUGAUUGCAACUCGGGAUACUCCAACUGGUACUACGGCUGGUCUCCGAGUCUUGGAGGCAAUUUGCUUUACUUAUAUUAUAUUAAAUUAUAUUAUACUAUAUUAUAUUCAAAUAUAUAA